AUGCCGUGUGAAAGGAAACCUAUGCGGUAUGGACAUUCAGAGGGACAUACUGAAGUCUGCUUCGAUGACACUGGGAAGUUCAUGGUGACAUGUGGGAAUGAUGGAGAUGUACGUAUAUGGGAGAAUCUGGACGACGAUCCAAGGUUCAUCAAUGUUGGCGAAAAAACGUAUUCUUUGGCAGUAAAGAAUAAGAAGCUUGUGACUGCAACCUCCAAUAACACAGUGCAGGUUCACACGUUUCCUGAUGGUGACCCGGAUGGGAUCCUUACCCGGUUCACUACUAAUGCCACACAUGUCACAUUCAAUACCAGUGGAUAUAGAGUCGCUGCUGGCUCCAGUGACUUCUUGAUUAAAGUGGUGGACGUGUCAGACAGCAGUCAACAGAAAACCCUCCGGGGCCAUGAAGCCCCUGUGCUCAGUGUUACCUUUGACCCCAAAGAUGAGUUCCUGGCAUCUGCCAGCUGUGAUGGCUCAGUCAUUGUGUGGAACAUUGAAGAGCAGUCUCAGGUGAUCAGCUGGCCUCUGUUGCAGAAGACCAAUGAUGUCAGCAAUGCAAAAUCAAUAUGUCGCUUGGCCUGGCAACCUCGCACAGCAAAGUUUUUGGCAGUUCCUGUGGAUACUAGGGUUCACCUUUACAAGAGAGGCUCCUGGGACCAUGUGAGCACUCUGUCUGAUGAUUUGCCGACUCAGCCCAUCAAUGUGACUGCAUGGUCCCCAUGUGGACAAUUCCUGGCAGCUGCCAGCGUGGCAGGGUUCAUAACAGUGUGGGACAUUGAAAGCAAGUUGUGUGUCGAAAGGCAGAAGCAUGAGAAGGGAUUCACGGUGUGCAGUUUAGCUUGGCACCCUUCAGGCAGUCAAAUUGCUUACACUGACACUGAAGGCCACCUAGGCCUUCUGGAGUCUUUCAGCCCAUCCAUCUCUAAAACAACCAUGCCCAAGGUGACUGCAGAGAAAGAAGAGAAAGGCUAUGAAGCUCUAUUUGAUGACGAUGAUGAUGAUCAUGUCAUGGAUGAAGGAUGGAGUGAUGCCAACUCCCCUUCAAAGAAAGCUGCCAUUGGGAUCAAUAAAGAUGAGGAUGAUGAUGAUGACGAUUUCAUCAUACCUGCGACAGGGCGGGUGAAGAACAGAGGAGCUGUCCUGGAUGAUGAAAAUUCACUCGAUUCCGGCUCGCUAAAGCUUGGUCAAGCUAAGUUUGAUGGCGAUGAUGAUGAUGCUGACAGUGCCAUGAUGAAUGCAGCAACUAUGCCUGCGACUUUGAAGCCUAUCUAUGAUGGGCCACAACCGACGCCACCUCAGAAAGCUUUUCAACCAGGCUCCACCCCUAUCCAUCUCACUCAUCGCUUUAUGAUGUGGAACUCUGUGGGGACAGUGCGAGGCUACAAUGAUGAGCAAGACAAUGCGAUUGAUGUGGAGUUUCAUGACACAGCCGUACACCACGCCAUGCAUCUCACAAACACGCUGGGCCACACCAUGACUGACAUUUCCCAGGAGGCCGUGUUACUGGCCUGCCCCAGCACGGAUGAGCUUGCAAGUAAAUUACACUGCCUUCACUUCUCAUCCUGGGACACCAACAAGGAGUGGAUGGUUGACCUACCGAAGGGUGAGGAUGCAAGGGCAUUGUGUCUUGGUCAAGGCUGGGCGGCAGUUGCCACCAGCACCCUGAUGGUCAGGCUUUUCUCCAUCGGAGGAGUCCAGAGGGAAAUAUUCAGUCUCCCAGGAGCUGUCGUUUGCAUGGCAGGACAUGGAGAGCAGUUGUUGAUUGUCUACCACAGAGGCACAGGUUUUGAUGGAGAACAGGCACUGGGUGUGCAGCUAUUACAGUUUGGUCGAAAACGGAAGCAAAUCAUCAAUGGGGAACCUCUACCAAUUUCGCCUAAAUCCUACCUAUGCUGGCUCGGAUUUACUGCUGAAGGCACUCCCUGUUAUGUUGAUUCUGAGGGGGUGGUACGAAUGCUGAAUCGCUCCUUAGGUUUCACAUGGACACCAGUUUGCAACACGAGAGACACGUGCAAAAGCAAAUCUGACCACUACUGGGUAGUCGGGGUUCAUGAGAACCCUCAGCAACUCAGGUGUAUACCAUGUAAAGGCUCGAGAUAUCCCCCAACCUUGCCCAGACCUGCUGUGGCCAUCCUGCCCUUCAAGUUGCCUCUGUGUCAGACUACCACUGAGAAAGGACAGAUGGAGGAACAGUUUUGGCGUUCAGUGCUCUUCCACAACCAUUACAAUUUCCUGUCCUCCAGUGGCUACGAAGUAGAUGAUGUCGGACAGAAUCGGUCUCAAAAAGAGCAGCAAGAGCUGCUGAUGAAGAUGUUUGCAUUGUCAUGUAAACUGGAGAGAGAGUUUCGCUGCAUAGAGUUGGCGGAAUUAAUGACUCAAAAUGUCGUGACGCUGGCCAUUCGCUACGCUUCUAGGUCCAGACGCAUGGUCCUUGCACAGCGGCUCAGUGAAAUUGCUCUUGAAAAAGCCAGUCAAAAUCAGGAUGACGAACAGGAAGAGGAGGAGGAAACGGAAAACUCUGAAAUUAGGCGAACUUCAUUGGGUUCUAACCAGGCUGUGGUGAAAGAAAAUAGUCACCACAGACAGGUGCAGGAAAGCAAACCGGACCAAGAGCUUGAGGAGCAAGAGGAGGAACAGGAAUUGGAGUAUGAAGAUGAAGCAGAAGCCCCGAAGCGUGUAAACCCAUUUGCCAAAGUGCCAGGAUCACCUUCAAAGCAAGCUCCCCCACUCUCCGGCAAAGGUGGCCGUUCAAACCCUUUCAAGGUUCUUGGUUCAGGGAAGUCCUCAACUCUGUCUUGUCAGCCUCGAGUUGCAAACAUCCUGGACAACAUGACGUCCGGCAGGAAGUCAGCUCCACUAGGUGCAUCUGCAGGGAAGUCAAACAAAAGCACCAUCCUCAAACCACUCCCCCCACGAGCAAAGACAAAGGCUCAGAGCACUCUCCUGCAGAUGACCGGUGGGAAAACAGUUGUUAAGAAGACUCAGGAGAACAUAGAGGUUGGGGAUGGUCAACAGAAGCAAGAAAAUCUCCCAACUGCCCCCUCACCAGCUGAUAACUCUGAAACUAAGAGACCAAAAACAGGCUUCCAGUUGUGGUUGGAGGAGAACAGGAAGAAUAUCAUAGCGGACAACCCUGACCUGGAGGAGACAGACAUAAUCAAGGAGGCAAUGGGGCUCUUCAGGAAUCUUACAGCAGAGGAGCGUUUGGCAUGGACUGAGCGAGCAAAAGGCCCGGCUGGCAUCGUGGAUCCGAAGAAAAGAAAACGAACCGAAGCAAACGAAGGUGUAGAAAACGAAAUUGUGGAGACAGUAGCAGAUGAAAACAAUGCCAAGAAGAAGAAAGCACUGGAUCCUUCUUCUAAGCUUUCAGCAUUUGCAUUCAACAAGAACUAA